AUGGGAACUUUCCAACUGUUCCUGCUGGGGCUUAUGUUCCUGGUCACUGCACAGCAUCCUCGUGAUUUCACUCCAGCUCAGUGGUUCAAGAAGCAGCAUGUGCAGUACCCCAAGACCAAAGUCCGCAAUAAUGAUAUAUAUUGCAACAAUGAGAUGAGAAAAGUCAACAACUAUACCCAUCAGUGUAAAGCCUUCAACACCUUCCUGAAUUACAAGUAUGAGGAUAUCAUCAGUGUUUGUUCCAAACCCAAUAUCACCUGCAAGAAUGGAAAGCACAACUGCCAUAAAAGUACAUCAAGCAUCCCCAUCACCAGCUGUGAUUUGACCAGUGGUUGUUACUCCAACUGCCACUACCAUGGCACUUCUCAGGUAGCAUACUUUGUUGUUGCCUGUAAUCCCCCCUUGCCAGCAGAUUAUAGUAAAAGUAAAUUUCUUCCUGUGCAUUUAGACAGCACCACUGGUUUCUAA